AGCCGCAUCGACAGUUGGCUGGUUUGGACUAACAGCAGCUAUCGCUAUCUCCACUCGGCUGCUGGUUUCUUUCUUGUGUUGGUGAAAUUUCAUUAAGCCCCGGAAAGGGCUUUCCGAAUGACACAUUUGAUACACGAUUUGAAUGUAAUAGAGAAACUGGUGUCGACUAAGACUAUCUAGCGUCCAUUUUGUGGCGCCGGUCCGAGGCAUUGUAGCUGACGCUAAAGUCUUACCCGGACAAGCGAGAGGGAUUGGUGUCGAGCGUUUUGAGUGCUUUUGGAAAUUCAAUGUGACGCUCGAGCCGUGCGCUAAAAGUGCGAGUGUUGCGUUUUCAUUCCAACGACGCUUUGAAUUUUUAAACGGGUACAAGAACGCACCGUGGAUUUCCUUCGCCAGAAAAUGGACACGGACAAGUUUAACUACGUUUACAGCUGCGACCUGGACAUCAAUGUUCAACUUAAGAUAGGCAGUUUGGAAGGCAAGCGAGAGCAGAAAAGCUACAAAGCCCUGCUGGAGGACCCCAUGCUGCGCUUUUCCGGCCUCUACCAGGACCACUGCUCGGACCUCUACGUCACUUGCCAAGUGUUUGCCGAAGGGAAGCCUCUGGCUCUGCCCGUCCGCACUUCCUACAAGGCCUUCAGCACGCGCUGGAAUUGGAACGAAUGGCUGCGGCUACCCGUCAAGUAUCCAGACCUGCCCCAAAGCGCCCAGGUGGCCCUCACUGUGUGGGACAUCUAUGGACCUGGACGAGCCGUCCCUGUCGGGGGUACUACGGUCACACUGUUUGGCAAAUACGGAAUGUUCCGACAAGGGAUGCACGACCUGAAGGUUUGGCCCGGCGUGGAAGGCGACGGCGCGGAGGCUACCACCACGCCGGGACGCACCGGCAACAAUGUGACCGAGGACCAGAUGGGCAGACUUGCCAAGCUGACAAAGGCCCAUCGGCAGGGCCACAUGGUCAAGGUGGACUGGCUGGACCGCUUGACCUUCAGGGAGAUUGAGAUGAUCAACGAGAGCGAGAAGCGCAGCUCCAAUUUCAUGUACCUCAUGGUGGAGUUUCCCCGAGUGAAAACCAACGACAAAGAAUACAGCAUUGUCUACUAUGAAAAGGAUGGCGACGACGCAGCGCCCACGCUCCCCAGCUGUGAAAUCGUCAAAGUUCCUGACCCGCAGAUGGGGAUGGAGAACCUAGUGGAGAGCAAGCAUCACAAACUGGCCCGCAGCCUCCGCAGCGGACCCUCCGACCAUGACCUGAAGCCCAACGCCGCCACGCGGGACCAGCUCAAUAUCAUCGUGAGCUACCCUCCGACCAAGCAGCUGAGCUCGGAAGAGCAGGACCUGGUGUGGAAGUUCCGAUACUACCUCACCACUCAGGAAAAGGCGCUGACAAAGUUCCUCAAGUGCGUCAACUGGGAUCUGCCCCAGGAGGCUAAGCAGGCCUUGGAGCUGCUUGGCAAAUGGAGGCCUAUGGACGUGGAGGACUCCCUGGAGCUGCUGUCCUCGCAGUUCACCAACCCGACCGUGCGACGCUACGCUGUGGCGCGGCUGCAGCAGGCCGACGACGAGGACCUGCUCAUGUAUCUUCUCCAGCUGGUGCAGGCUCUCAAGUAUGAGAACUUUAGUGACAUCCAAGGAGGCCUGGAGCCAGGGAGCAAGAGAGACGCCCAGGGACUCUCAGAUGACUCCGCGCUGGACAGCUCCCAGAUCCUGACGGCCACAUGUGGAGCCGUCACCACCGCGCAGAAGGGCAAAGAAGGAGCAGACGGCGAGAAUCUCGAGCAAGACCUGUGCACAUUUCUCAUCUCGCGUGCUUGCAAGAACUCGACCUUGGCCAACUACUUGUACUGGUACGUUAUCGUGGAAUGCGAGGACCAGGACACGCAGCAGAGAGACCCCAAGACUCACGAGAUGUACCUAAACGUCAUGAGGCGCUUCAGCCAAGCUUUGCUCAAGGGCGAUAAGAGCGUGAGGGUGAUGCGCUCGCUCCUAGCCACCCAGCAGACCUUUGUGGACCGGCUGGUGCAGUUGAUGAAGGCUGUGCAGAGGGAGAGCGGCAAUCGCAAAAAGAAGACUGAGCGGUUGCAGACGCUUCUGGCCGACAACGAGAAGGUGUACCUCUCGGAAAUCGAGCCAAUCCCACUCCCGCUGGAGCCUCAGAUCCGGAUCAGAGGCAUCGUCCCCGAGACGGCGACGCUCUUUAAGAGCGCGCUAAUGCCCGCCAAGCUGAUCUUCAAAACGGAGGCCGGCACCACCUAUUCGGUCAUCUUCAAACACGGCGACGACCUGAGACAGGAUCAGCUUAUCCUUCAAAUCAUCUCGCUCAUGGAUAAAUUAUUAAGGAAGGAGAACCUGGACCUGAAGUUGACGCCCUACAAAGUGUUAGCCACCAGCACCAAGCAUGGUUUCAUGCAGUUUGUCCAGUCGGUUCCAGUGGCCGAAGUGCUGGCAACGGAAGGCAACAUUCAGAGCUUCUUCAGGAAGCAUGCGCCGAGUGAAAAGGGGCCGUACGGCAUCAGCCCGGAGGUGAUGGACACCUACGUGAAGAGCUGCGCCGGUUACUGCGUCAUCACUUACAUCCUGGGGGUCGGAGACCGACAUCUGGACAAUCUGCUCCUGACCAAGACCGGGAAACUCUUCCAUAUCGACUUUGGCUACAUCCUGGGCCGCGAUCCCAAGCCGCUUCCGCCGCCUAUGAAGCUGAGCAAGGAGAUGGUGGAGGGCAUGGGGGGCAUGCAAAGCGAGCAGUACCAGGAGUUCCGGAAGCAGUGCUACACCGCCUUCCUGCACCUGCGCAGGUACUCCAACCUGAUUCUCAAUCUCUUCUCCCUCAUGGUGGACGCCAAUAUUCCCGACAUUGCCUUGGAGCCCGACAAGACAGUCAAGAAAGUGCAGGACAAGUUCCGGCUGGACCUAUCGGACGAGGAGGCUGUGCAUUACAUGCAGAGUCUGAUCGACGAAAGCGUGGGGGCCCUCUUCGCCGCCGUGGUCGAACAGAUUCACAAGUUUGCUCAAUACUGGCGUAGGUGAGCUGUGGAAUGAGGCCCGGUCCGGAGGACAUGAAGAUGAAAAAGGCCAAGAAAGAAGUGCAAGGACUGUCUGCGCAUUCAUUCAUUCAUCUUCUUCCGAGCCACUUUUCCUCACGAGAUCACUGGCGCCCCCGGAGUCUAUCCCACCUGCCGUAACCCGAGGACACUCUGAACCGGUUGCCAGCCAAUCACAGGGCACACACACAAAGACGGACAAUUUAGAGCGAUCAAUCGGCCUCUCGUGUUAUUGGAACGUGGAGGGGAAAGUGGAGUACCCAGAGAAAACCCACGCAGGCACGGGCAAAACAUGCACUCCACACAAGAAGCCCGGCGCCGGAAUUGAACUCCCAACUUCUGAACUGUGAGGCGGGCGUGCUAACCAGUGCCCUAUAGUGCCACCCAGGACAUACGUUGUCUUUUUGUUUAAUCCUGUAAAUACAAUUUAGUGAGCUAAUAAAUUAAUGACAUGUAUAAGUUGACGUCUAUUGAUUCUAUAAUCAUGUUUUUUUUAUUUUUAUUGAGCAGUGGUCUGGUCGGCACAGCAAAUGAGUUAUCAGAUGUAUAUUUUGCUUGGAUCAAUAAAGGUUAGAUAAUCUGGAGUGUCCCA